AUGACAAAAUCAUUACAAAAGAAAGUGUUCGAGUUUGAGACUCAUCUCGAUCCUGCUCCGCAGAGAGCUCUCAGGGAGGUCGACAUCUGUAGUGCGUGCGCUGAGAAGCUCGAGAUGUGGCAAAUACUCUUGCUCUCCGCCGUUUUGCACCCGAAUCACGGACUCAGUUCUCCGAAAUCGAAGUAUUUGGUGUACGAUCACGAGAAUGCGAUAAAGUUGUUGCAUCUACUGAGAUCUAACCAGUCAGUAGCGAUCGUCUUGAGAGACACAGUCGUUCGGCAUGCGCUCAACGAUCAGGCUUUGUUGGACAUCUUUACGAUCCCCACGCGCUCAGGGCUGACAUUAUCACUGGAAAACAAGAAGAUCAUGCGCCUCGGAUUCUCAACACAAGGCCAUACGAGAGUUCUGUCGGGACCCCACCGAGUCUUGCCUCAAGAGAUAAUCAUUCUCAUAGACGGAAUAUGCGACGCUCUGACCAAUAAGAUUUCGUUCUUCUUCGACUGCGAGCUCCAGCAUCAUCUCACGGCUAAUAUUCCGCUAUAUCAGCAAGUGCAAUCAGCUCAGACAAUGCGCGUCAUGCGAGAUAGAAGAGCGAACAUUAUUAUCCACGAAUACUCAUCCGAUUCAACUAUCGGGAGAAUCUCAAAAAUGUGCGUGAAUGGACUUGGCGAGGCGCAUCCGAACGAAAUUGUGAAAGAAUCAUCGGAGAGUGUUUCCUCGGUUAAUAAGAUCCAUCGUCUGAGGCAUCCAUCCAAAAUCGCCCAGCCUUGUACAACGCCAGGUCAUCUCGGCGCUGAUGCAUCCAAUCUGAGAGAUGAUGUGGAGGCUCUUCGAUCACUAGUGACAACUCAGAUCUCUGCUCUGAAUCGGCUGCAUCAACUCAUAGAAAGAUGCGGACUGUGCAUGAGCGCAGCGCCCGGGAACUCCUGCUCCAGUCAUGUAUGCUUCCCAGGUGUCCAAUGCACAGAGACUCCGUCAGGUCCCACUUGCGGCCCAUGUCCAGCAGGUCUCCUUGGAGAUGGUGUCAAGUGCAGACCCUCGACGACAUGCCGGGAUCGCCCCUGUUAUCCGGGUGUGUCGUGCUCAGACUCGGAGAGGGGCUUCUCUUGCGGUCCAUGUCCCCACGGGAUGAGGGGUGACGGCGCGACAUGUCGUUGGGCCAAUCGAUGCAGCGACCUACCUUGCCACCCUGGUGUCAAAUGCACGAACAUCGAUACUUCGCCAGGUUUUCGGUGCGGUCAAUGUCCCGAAGGAACCGUCGGAGACGGAACUGAAUGCGCAGACAUUGACGAGUGUAGUCUGUAUCAACCCUGCUUCCGCGGCGUGGCCUGCGUGAAUCUCAAGCCGGGCUUCAGCUGCGGCUUGUGUCCUCCUGGAUAUUCCGGCAGCCGCAUUGAAAGCAACGGGAACGAACAGGCUCGUUACAUGAAGCAGCAAUGUUUUGAUGAAAACGAAUGUGAUGAUGGAAACAACGGUGGAUGCGUUGAGAAUUCCUUGUGCAUCAAUACUCUGGGCAGUUACCGCUGCGGAGACUGCAUUGAAGGUUUCAUCGGAAACCAGUCUGUUGGGUGUCGACCACGCCCAGGACUGUGUCCAGACGGCACCGAAUGCGACGGCAACGCAGAAUGCUUCAUGCGCCGAGGGAGCACGAGAUUUCAAUGUCGGUGCAAAAUAGGCUUCGCCGGGGACGGGCGGAUGUGUGCACCCGAUAGAGACAUUGAUGGAUGGCCCGACUUCACCUUGCCUUGCUCGGAUAAAAGGUGCAAAGCUGACAAUUGUCCCAACAUACCGAACUCCGGACAGGAAGACGCCGAUGGAGACAAUCUCGGGGACGCUUGUGACCCCGAUGCCGACAACGACGGCGUGGCGAAUUAUCCAGAUAAUUGUCCUUUCGUCCCGAACGCCGACCAGAGAAACACAGAUCUAGCAGGUGUUGACAACUGGGGUGACGCUUGCGACAACUGUCCUCUCGUCUAUAACCCCGACCAAAUUGACACUGAUCGGGACGGUCAAGGCGACGAUUGCGAUCCUGACGCUGACGGCGAUGGUGUCCCGAAUCAUGGUGAUAAUUGUCCUUACGUAAGGAAUUCGGAUCAGAGUGAUCGAGACGGUGACGGAUUGGGAGACGCCUGCGACAUCUGCCCUUUGUCAGUGAAUCCAAAUCAAGAAGACGUGGAUCAAGACCUUGUCGGUGAUGCAUGCGAUAACAAUAUCGAUAGGGAUUUCGACGGAAUCCAAGACGAUGCCGAUAAUUGCCCCGACGAUGCGAACAGUGAUCAGCUCGAUACCGACGAUGAUGGACAGGGUGAUGUUUGUGACUUCGAUAAGGACAAUGAUGGGAUCCGAGACAACAUCGACAAUUGCCCUCUGGUAUUCAAUCCCGACCAGAUAGAUUCUAAUGUGACAGGUGUCGGUGAUGCUUGCAAAGGCGAUUUCGACGGUGACGGGAUCGGUGAUGACGAUGAUGUGUGUCCGGACAAUAGACGGAUCUAUGCGACGGAUUUCAGAGCAUACCAGACCGUUGUUCUCGAUCCCGAAGGAGACAGUCAGAACGAUCCUCAUUGGAUAAUUUACAACAAGGGCGCGGAAAUCGUGCAGACGCUCAACUCGGAUCCGGGCCUUGCCGUCGGCUACCACAAGUUCGGCGGUGUAGAUUUCGAGGGAACAUUCUUCGUCGAUACUGCAACUGACGAUGAUUACGUCGGAUUCAUCUUCAGCUAUCAGGACAAUCAUAACUUCUACACUGUGAUGUGGAAGAAGAAGACCCAAACUUAUUGGCAUAGCAGCCCGUUCAAGGCCACUGCGCAGCCAGGCAUACAGCUGAAACUCGUCCAAUCGGAAACUGGCCCCGGGGAAUAUCUCCGGAAUUCGCUCUGGCACACAGGCAACACGACCAAUCAAGUUCAUCUCUUGUGGAAGGAUCCUCGGAACGUCGGAUGGAAGGAGAAAGUAGCAUAUCGGUGGCUCUUACUUCACCGCCCGAACAUAGGGCUCAUGCGACUCCGGAUUUUCGAGGGACAGAAUAUGGUCGCCGACUCGGGCAACAUACUCGAUGGAACGCUGAAAGGGGGACGUCUUGGUGUGUUCUGCUUCUCCCAGGAAAAUAUCAUAUGGUCGGACCUGGUUUAUAGGUGCAAUGAGGCCAUACCCGAGGCUGCAUAUCGAGAUCUUCAUUACGACCUCCAGCAACGAGUUCAUAUGGAUCACAUAGCCGAUGUGAAGAUUUAA